AUGUUAUUGCUACCUAGAGUUCGACCCGCCCUAAGAACCUUGCCGCCCACCUGCUCCCUCGCGCGAACCUCCUCACCACGUCGCAAGCUAUACCUAGCUCCGCCCUAUCUCCUUGACGACUACAUACCGCGAUACCAAUUGAUAUCCUCGAUCGAUGCGUCGAAGAAGCGAUCACUGGCAUAUGCGCAUCUGCGCGAGUGCAACUUGUGCCCAAGAUUAUGCGGUGUCAAUCGGUAUGAGGAGACAGGCGUAUGUCUGAUCGGGGCAGGAACUGUCAAAGUGAACACAAUCGCUCCCCACUUUGGAGAGGAGCCGUGCUUCCAGGGCCACAAUGGCUCCGGUUCAGUCUUUUUCUCUGGUUGCAGCCUACGCUGCUGCUUCUGCCAAAAUUUCGACAUUGCUCACCAGCGCAAUGGUUUUGACCUGACACCUGAGCAGCUCGCUGAGUGGUACAUGAAGCUGCAAGAAGUCGGUCGCGUUCACAAUAUCAACCUCGUUACACCCGAGCACGUUGUCCCGCAGGUUGUGCUAUCGAUCCUGCACGCGCGUGAGCUCGGUCUCCGCAUACCCAUCAUCUACAACACGUCGUCGUUUGAUUCGCUGGAGAGCAUACAACUGCUAAAAGGCUUGGUGGAUAUCUACCUCGCAGAUUUCAAGGUAUGGAGUGACAAGGCUAGCAAGAGGUUGCUCAAGGCGGACAAUUACACGGCAACGGCGAUGGAGAGCAUCAAGGCCAUGCAUGAGCAGGUUGGCGACCUCUGCUUCACUGCAGACGGAAUCGCCAAGAAGGGUGUGCUCGUGCGACACCUGGUGAUGCCUGGCAUGGAGGAUGAGGGUAGAGAAAUCAUGAAAUGGCUUGCUGAGAAUGUCUCCAAGGAUAUCAUGGUGCACAUCAUGGAGCAGUAUUUCCCCCGCGCGCAUGUUGGCAAGAAGCGACGUAAUAGUAAAGGUGAAAUCAAGGUGGUUGAGCCAGGCGGCGCUCCAAUCUCGCCUGCAGCUAAAGAGCAAGUGAGGCGUCAGCUAGAACGUUAUUAUGUCACCAACAAGCAUAACCCACUGUCCAUCGAUCCAGACAUUACUACGAUGCCCUUGAUCGCCAUGGAUUAUGUCGCAGACGUUGAACGGGCCGUACACGAAGUCAAGGUAGAGCGCGACACCUGGCAGGCAGUAGCCCUCCAGUACAGAACAGCUUUCGAGGCUCAAACAAGACGCCUACAAGAGCUUCAGGACAUCUGUUUCGCUACACAGGCUGAGCUGGAGAACGAGCGAGCUCAACAGCGCAGGUUAUAUGCGAAGUCAGGCCAAGGCGGAAAUCAGCGUGCGGGCACUAUUGACAGUGCCGAGGGCCUUCAGCGUGAGCGACCCUUUGGCACUGCCGUUGUUCUCUCGCCGCGCAAGACCGAUUCAACCCAUCAACGACAAUCAUCGAAUGACUGCACCAAUCCACUCUUCAAUCGAGUGCAGCUGUCCAUGGCCCAGCGAAAUUAUGGAACCGCCCUGGUGGAGAUCGAAAGAUUGUUAUGCGGCCCUCUCAGCUCAAAGGCCCGAGCAGAGGGUUUGUUGCUGAAAAGCAAUGUUCUACGAGCCUCAGGCCCAGAUGAACUCUACGACGCACUAGCCGCCUGUAGCGAGGCUCUCGAGCUCUGUGACCGUCUGUCAGAACUGGAGGCCUUCCUCCCACGGAUACAAUACCAGCGCGGCGUCCUAUAUUACGAGCUGCGUCUGCUUCACCAAGCCCGGGAGGCCUUCAGUACAGUUAGCGAUGACGAAUUGCUCUCAGCCAGAGCUAGUGAGUACCGCAGGUCAUGCGAUGACGAAAUUGAUCAGCUACGCGUCGCCAGGCGCAGGCCAGGCUUCGAUGAGGACCGGACUACAAUGGGGGAGUUAUUGGUAGAGCUGGGAGAGAAGGGCCUUGAUAGCAAGCGUCGACGUACAAGCGCGCAGCUCAGGCAAUAUGCUGCUGCCAAGGCGAAACGGAUGUCACUGCCCCAUCGCUGGGUGGCAUCAAAAAGCGAUGAGCACUAAAGCCGAAUGGCUAUGUGAUGAAUCAUGAAGCCGGUCUGGGCGGGGUAUUCAUUAUUACUAUUCAAAUAUCGAAGUGUAUGACGAAGGGCAACCUAUGAAUUUUACCCCAAGCCAUGAAUAGCUGCUAUGCAGGUACAUCAUUGCUCUUUUACAUAACCUCCUUUUACCUCAAAUUUAUUUUUCUUUGUCUGUCUUACUCCCUUUCUUGUUGCUGCAUCUCCUUGACUUCUCCUAGCGAAGGCAUCCGUUGUUGAAGAUCGAACAAAGAAGGACAAUGAAGCACCCUGACCCCCAACAUGGCUCUACCUCGAUGGCUUCGACAACCAAUGCACCUGUAACUUAACAUGUACGAAACUUCUCGAAUGUACUUACUCUUUAUCAUCGUGUACCUACAAUACCAC